ACCAUGUGGGACGGUCUUUUUAUGCUGCUCGCCUUGAGCACGGUUAUGGGCAUUGCGUGCGUUUCUGGUCACUACAGCGUACAGGAUCGAUUUCUAAUAUGCACAGCUCCUUCCUUGCCGGCAUCCUCCCGCUCUCCUUUAACCUCUCCACCCGCCAAUUGCGCAUCAUCACCCUCCUCGGCACUGGUGUGCUAGUAGGCACCUCCCUGAUUGUUAUCAUCCCCGAAGGUAUCGAGACCAUGUACAGCGCUGGAAGCAAGGCGCAUUCGCACAGUGCGCGGAGUGUUCAACCUACCAUCCCCUCGGUUGUGAGCCUGCAAAAAGAGAUACCUCACCCACCCAAGUUCCCGACUUGGAAGAGAGCAGAUGAUGUCGCCACGAGCUCGUUCACUGGAGGAGCGAUCAAGGCGCCGGGCGCCGUCGACAUGACUAGCGACAAAGCUGCCAUCGAUAUGCAGCUGAAGAAGAUUAAGGAUAGCAAGGAGAAGGAGAAGCCUGCGGAGGACACCCACCCACAAAAAGGUGGAGACGACGACUCGACAGAGGGCCACAAAGAGGGACACACUCGCGUGCACGCACCGGAAGACGACGAGCCAGCCCACGGGCAUGCUGAAGCUGGCCACGAAGACGGGCCCAGCCCACAUGCAUACAUUGGCGUCGCACUGAUACUAGGUUACAUUCUCAUGUUCCUGGUCGAACAUCUGCCAGAAGCCCUGGCUUCCGCGAAACCAAAAUACCAGCCAAUGCACAUUUCGUUAUCGAACCUGGCACGUGGACCGCACAACUCAUCUUCAUUGAGUCUCAACGGCAUGGGCAUGCAGAGCGCUGCAGUGACGCCUCUCGCAACGCCUGGUCUACCUCCUCCACCUACAAAGAAGACACCAGCAGCCACGAUCGGUCUCAUCGUGCACGCAUGCGCCGACGGAAUCGCGCUAGGUGCCUCCUCGACAGCCGAGUCCACAUCUCUGUCGCUUGUCAUCUUCUUCGCAAUCAUGCUGCACAAGGCCCCUGCAGCAUUUGGUCUCACUUCUGUUCUUCUCAAACAGGGGCUCUCAAAACGAAAGGCGCGGGCACAUCUCGCUUUCUUCAGUUUAGCAGCGCCGGCUGGCGCCUUGGCUACUUGGACCAUCGUACACAUGUUCGGACGCAACCACUUGGGUGGUGAUGAAGGCCUAACAUGGGCGACUGGUUGGGUAUUGUGUUUCUCGGGUGGAACAUUCUUGUAUGUUGCGAUGCAUUCCAUGUCUGAAGCCACAGCCUCUCAACACCCGCAUGAAGACCCGACCGCGAACGGUUACAUGGACGCAUAUCCCGGUAACAGCAGCAUGUCCAAGGGCGACAUAAGCAUCGUCAUGAUUGGCAUGCUACUCCCGCUCAUUACACAAAUAGGACACGCACACUCACACGGCCACUAGAAGGAGAAGGAUUUGGGUUGCAUAUUGUGGCGUUCCACACAGGCUGGUUUUGCACCGAGCUAUCUUACUUGAUUUAGAGCGAUGUUGUCGAAUUAGUUUUAUGUACCGUUCUGGAAUGAUACCAAAUCUUGAUCUCGCCACAUCCUACCCACUUGAUAGUCGGGCUCUGUUCUGGCCAGCGCCUAGUAAAAAAUGCUCAUGUAGUCUCCAUAUCAAGAUCGCCAUGCUCGUGCACCCCCUCCCCCGCCUCUGCACCAACCACCCUGUUCUUGACCAUUUUGGGCUCGCCGACCCCACGCCACCUCAUUCCAUACAUCUACCUCACCCUCUGGUCGUUCACAAGUGGCGGUCUCGAGGCUUUACCAGCAAGUGUUCUUCUUAUUCAACCUAGUCUUGACACACCGCUCCCCUUCUCACUCAACUCCUGCUAUGACGGAUCGCUUAUCUACGUCUACACCCGCCUCCCGUGUUCAAUCUUUCCCAUAUAUCUGCCGC